UUUGCAAUAAAAUACUUAUUUUUAAUAUAUGAAAUCACUUGCCUUGACCAAAUAGUUGCGCUAAUUGCUGUUUGUCAUAUUUAACCAAUCCAAGUACGGUCACACUAGAUCAUUUGUAAACAUCGGAAUGGUCGGCGUUGAGCAUAUAAAUGCGCCACUUGUUGUGGACAUUGACGCACAUACGUUGACGGAAUAUGUGCCAGCUAAACCAUUGGAAAGCAAUCUCGAAGUGGUCUUUGGCUCCGCAGAGCAGGGUUCACUUAGAGCACGAUUUGAGCCAUGUGCUCAGCUGAAUUGCGGGAAUACCUUGAAAUUUCCCUUUGCACGUGGUGCUUAUAAGCCUACAGCAGUUACCAUAAAAGAUGCCCAAGUGCUUGUGGCCGCUGAUGCAGCUACGGAGACGAAGCGUGUUGUGGAGCUUACGCUGGACACCGCAGCCCUUGGUCAAUGGGACUAUGCGCCCGGCGACACAGUGGCUAUAUUACCUAGCAACGCACCACAGAUAGUGGCGCAGCUAUUGCAGCGCCUGAAUUUGAGCGAGCAGGCGGAUAGCGUGUGCCAUUUAAGCCUCGCCUUGAACUGCGCCAAGAAGAGUGCCAAAGUUCCCGGCCACAUACCGGCAACAGCGACGCCACGCGAGUUACUAACACAUUGUCUAUCGCUGCACGCAGUUCCACAAAAACAGUUCCUUAGCGCUUUAGCGAGCUGCACCAGCGAUUCGAAAGAGCGCUCUUUUCUGGCUAGUCUAUCCUCGAAGCAGGGCGCGGCACACUAUCAGACACUCAUUUUGGAGCGUGGCUUAUGCUUGUUGGAUCUGCUGGAGCUAUGCACCACCUGCCAGCCAACGCUGGCCUUACUGGUCGAGCAUUUGCCACGCCUGCUACCACGCCCGUAUUCCAUAGCCAACAGUCCAUUGGAAUGCUCGCAGCAGCUGCGCAUCAUUUAUUCUAUACGCGCGAAUAAGGCGGGCGUCACGACCAGCAUGCUGGAGGCCAAGCGGGAAUUGCAUCGGGAGAAGCAGCAAUCAGUCCAACUAUACAUUUAUCCACGCGAACCGAAUGCAUUUCGUUACACGGACCAGGAGUUCAGUGGCAAUCAAAUACUCAUAGCUGUGGGCACAGGCUUGGCUCCUUUUCUAGGCUUUCUGGCGCACAAGCAGCUGCAUAAGGAGCUAGCGACAGGUCAAACAUGGCUGUAUGUAGGUGCCAAGAUGCCCCAGGCCAUGGUAAAGCAGCAGCAACUGCUUGCCUGGCAGAAGGCCUCAAUCCUACAGAGUCUACGGCUGUGCUAUUCCCGACACUCCACAGGAGAGCAGCCGAAAUAUGUGCAGCAAUUGCUGGAACAGGAUGCCCAGCAACUUGUGGAACUGAUGCAGCAGCCCACAACUGUUUUAUAUGUGUGCGCCGACGGUGCCAAGAUUACCAAGUGUAUCGAAGACGGUCUGCGACGCUGCCUGCAGCUUGGCUUAAAACUAGACGAGAUGGAGGCCACACAGUGGCUCAAGGAGAUGCGGGCAAAGGGCAAGUAUCGCGAGGAUAUCUGGCUAUAAUAUAAACACGUUUAACUUGCUUCGAAAUAAAUAUGGUGCUUACAAACGAA